CCCCCGACUCUGAUCGCUAAUUCCUAUAGGCUGGAAGUGGUGAAGCUGCCAGUAAAAAAGCUCCAUGGCGCACGGCGCCUUUAUAAAUGCCUACAAAUCCACUGCAGUUAAUCCAAACCACUUGUUGCUGUCGGGUGCCGCGUGUGUACGAAGGAAAGCGGUGAGAGUAGCGCGCGCCUGGUGUGAGACAGAGAGUGUGCGUCCGCUGGGGGAUUUAUCCAGUGCUGUGACAGGACAUGAUGAACUCCGUGGACGCGCAGAUCCACCACAGUUCUGCCCCCGCCGCGAGUCCUCUCCAGCCCAAGAGCGCGCACGACGCGCCAGAGAUGGCCGUGUACUGCGACAACUUCGUUUACCACCAGCAGAGUGUAGCGAGCGCGCAAAGGCCAGCCGGUUACGGCCUCGGCGAGUACGCGGCUACCCCAAACCCUUACCUAUGGCUCAACGGUCCCGGAGUGAAUUCCUCCCCAUCAUACUUACACGGAAACAGCAGCCCGUCGUUUAUCGCUCCGUCCUACGGCUCUCAGAGGCAGUAUCUCACCAACUCGCCCGGGUUCGCGGGUCCCGACCUCGGCUGGCUCUCCAUCGCAAGUCAGGAGGAGCUGCUGAAGCUGGUGCGCCCUCCCUACUCCUACUCUGCCCUCAUCGCCAUGGCCAUCCAAAACGCGCACGAGAAAAAGCUCACGCUCAGCCAGAUCUACCAGUACGUAGCGGACAAUUUCCCGUUUUAUAAGAAGAGCAAGGCGGGCUGGCAGAACUCCAUCAGACACAACCUCUCCCUGAACGACUGCUUCAAGAAAGUUCCGCGCGACGAGGAUGAUCCAGGAAAAGGAAACUAUUGGACUUUGGACCCCAACUGCGAAAAAAUGUUUGACAACGGAAACUUCCGGCGAAAAAGAAAGCGCAGGUCGGAAGCGGGCUCCGGGCUUUCCAGCGGUACUAAAGCCGAGGACGGUCGACCUGUUGCAGGUGUGAAGUCGUCUGAGAGCGCGCACCUGGGCGGGGCCGUGUCUCCGGAAAUAGACACAGCAGCCAAUGAGAGCCACAGAAGUGCGUCUCCAACGGCUCCUGCGUCAGCGCCUUGCUUCAACAGCUUCUUCAGCACCAUGUCCGGAAUGAGCUCGGCCCCGGGGCCGGCCGUUAGACAGGGCUCCCUGGGGCUAAUCAGCGAGCUGUCCAGUCGGAACAUUAGUGCUCUAAGCCCGUAUCACGGCGCCUCUGCGACCGACGCUGCGCCACCCGGGGAGCAAAAUGACCACACCGUGCACGCGAACCGAGCCACGUACUCGAGCGCGUUCGGUGGCGCUCAAAGUGCGCAGUACAACGGCCACUUCUACAACAGCUUCAGCGUGAACAGUCUCAUAUACCCGAGAGAGGGCACGGAGUUAUAAUUACGGAACGUCCUUAGUGUGGCAGCUCUGAAUCUGUCUGGGGUUUUUUUAAGGCAUUUUCACAUUUUAGCCUUGAAAUUAAAGUACAUUAAAAAAAAACCUGCAUUGCAAAAAUAUCCAGUACUGAAUUAAGCUUUACUGUGCUUACUGUGUCCACUGGGACUUGUAUAAACACCAUAGGCCUAAGAGUUAUUUCAGUAGGCCUAUAGUAGGUAUUAAAUUAACCCUUCAAAAAAUUCAACACUGGAGGUGGUAAUUUAACAGGACAUGGUGACAUUGGGGAUUUCACUGUGUAGCAGGGUGUAAGCCUAGCUCAGCUUGUGCAACAGACGAAUAUUUGUAAAUGGCAUUAACUCAGUGAAAGUAUGUAUUCAUAUACAUCCCCUUCGAGAUUAUUAGUCCAAACAUAUUUUUUGUUGUUCAUAUUCUAGUUUAGAUAACAUACACGUUUGAUACACCCUUUAUUAUGCAGCAAUACUAAUUCAUUUAAUGCACUAAUGGUGAGUUGUAUUUCUGAGGAAACUCGGGAGAUACAGCCUUUUUUAAAACAAUUUUAAAUCCAACACUGUAACUGGUGGUAAAUGCAAAUGUAUCCACCUUAAAUAUUAGUGCUUCCAGCUGUACCAGCCUUUUUCAUUAUCUUUAUCUCUGUCUCUCUUUACCACUGUGUUUUAAUGUGUAUUUUUUGUAAAUUAUAUAGUUAUUUUAAAAUAUAUAUUUAUAUUAAAUUAUGUAUUUUUGUAGACUGUUUCAGAGGACAAAGAUGUAUUUUGUAUUUGGAUAAUAAGUUAUGAAGACAAAAGCAUUUCUGCAUAAGUGCCAGCUAAUCUUCAGGCUCAUUUGGAAUGUUUGUCCACACUUUAACCUCAAAUAACUGGACAUUUUCCCUGUUUUUAAGAACAUGCAAACAUUUCCCCUGUUUUUAAGAAAAUUACAAUUUGAUAAUAUCUUUUUGGAUCCUUAAAUCUCUUGUAUAAUAUUAUUAUGUCUAUGUUUUUAUCAUUAUGUAUUAUUAUUUAUGUCUUCUCUGACCUUUUGUACUUUUUA